AUGUCGUUCUUUUGCAUGCCGUUCUCGGCAUGCAAUCGACAGAUUGACUCAUUUGAUCGACGACAGUGCAAUUUACAUGUGAUCCCCAAUGAAAUCGAUCGAUACUCGCGCUCAUUGGAAGAACUGCUACUCGACUGUAAUCACAUCAAGGAGCUACCAAAGUUCUUGUUCCGUUGUCAAAAGCUUCGUCGUCUUUCCCUUAAUGACAAUGAGAUCUAUCGAUUGGUGCCAGAAAUCUCUCAACUCACAAGUCUCGUCGAGUUGAAUCUAGGAAAGAAUGAUAUCUCCGAUGUUCCCGAGGAGUUGAAGCACUGUAAAUUGUUGCAAAUCUUGGAUCUCAGCGCAAAUCCAAUCACCAGAUUACCCGCUACAAUCACUCAACUCUCGACAUUGACCCGUUUGAGAUUAAACGAUGUCUCGUUAACGGUGCUUCCAAGUGAUAUCGGUGCACUAACAGAAAUGAGAGAGCUUGAAGUCCGUGAGAAUCUCCUUCGCACUCUUCCUUCCCUUCAACACCUCACAAAAUUACAAAUUCUUGAUCUUGGUGAUAAUGAAUUAGAUCAAUUGCCAAAAGACAUUGAAAAUAUGGUUUCACUACGGGAAUUAUAUGUGGACAAGAAUGAUCUCGAGUUGUUGCCGGAUGAGAUCACGAGAUGCCGAUCGCUUGAUGUAUUGGAUGUAAGCGAGAAUCGCCUCACCUCACUCCCUGAGGAUCUCGGCCAUCUCGAGAAUUUGACCGAGUUGAUUGUCGCCAACAAUUGCCUAACAGAUUUGCCAAAUUCUCUGGGACGCUUGAAAAAGUUGAACGUGUUGAAAGCGGAGAAAAACGCGAUAAACCGACUGACUCAAGCGAUCGGUUCUUGCACAGCGUUGGAAGAGUUACAGCUAACAGCGAACAAUCUGAGUGAAUUACCCUCAUCAAUUGGGCAUCUCGUUCGAUUGAAGUCGUUGAAUGUGGACAAAAACUGUUUGACGGCGGUUCCGAGCACGAUCGGCGGUUGUGCCUCUUUAACAAUGCUCUCCCUGCGGGAGAACCAAAUCGCUGAGCUUCCGAUGGAUAUCGGAAAAUGCGAACGGUUGACCGUGUUAGAUUUGUGCUCGAAUCGGCUUCGAUUUCUUCCAUUCACUAUCAAUGUUCUCUUCAAAUUGCAAGCGUUGUGGUUGUCAGAGAAUCAGUCCCAAGCCAUGCUUAAACUUCAACAAGAGCGUGAUCCGGGCACCGGGGUGAAAGUGCUCACUUGUUACCUUUUACCGCAAUUGCCUGGACAACAAAAUGAAACAGAGCGCUCUCCUGGAAACCGUGCUUUCGUUGGUGGUCCAAAGGUGCAUUUCGGCGACAUGAACAAUACAGCUGACGAGGAAAAGACACUUCCGACGGGCAACUUUGAACGUCAUGGCACUCCACAUCCAAAACCCCAUGCCGCAAAGCUAAAGAAGAAUACAAUUGACGGGCAUAUUAUACAUCAUGAUGAGAAUCAUCAGGGACAUCCCACAAAUAUCGCCUUGCAACCGAAGCGUUCUGUCGACAACACCACAGCACCUUCUCCAACAGCGAACGGGGUUAUUCCUGGGACAUCGUCUAACUCACUACUUCAACCAAGAUCAGCCCUCCGCUUUCAAGCAGUGCCCGUUCAACAAUACGUGCCCGAGACUCAAAUCACUGCAGCCGAUCACGAUUCGGGGACAGCCAGUGGCAGUGCUCAUUCCUCCCAACAACAACUAAACACCUACAUGAAUCGCUCUUCAUCCUCGCUUCGUGGACUCCCCGAAACACAAAUCGUUCAACUAAUUAUUCACCGUGACGAAAGCGGAAGUCUCGGUUUAUCAAUAGCCGGCGGUGCUGAAUCAACUCCAUAUAAAGAAGGCGAUCAAGGACUUUUCAUUUCUCGCGUCACCCCGGGUGGACCGGCUGAUCGAGCCGGGCUGAGACAAGGGGACAAACUUUUGAGGGUAAACGAGACCGAUGUGGUGAAUGUGAGGCACGAUGUGGCUGUGCAAAAGAUGAAGGACAGUCAAACAAGGCUAGAGUUGACAAUAUUGAGGACAGAGGAGACGACGGUCAACUCGGUGAGGCAAUCACCGAAUCAAAGUCAAUCUCUUGAUGCGUCUUUCAUGUCAGACGCGAAUGAGAUCUCGUCGAUGUCAAGAGAGACAAUGUCCACGACGAUUAAGCGAGACACCACCGGAUCUCCGGGAUUCACGAUCGCUGGUGGCACUGGCGCUGGCAGAGACGGAUUCUUUAUCUCACAAAUUACACCCGGUGGAGCCGCUGCUAAGGAUGGGAAAAUUCAAGUCGGCGAUCGUGUCCUAUCAAUCAAUGGCACUUCGUUGAGAGGAGCUCGUCACGAUCAAGCUGUCGCACUUCUCACUGGACACGCUGAUAAUGAGGUGUACCUUGUUGUUCAACGCGAGCGUCCCUCGUUAACCUCUCCUCUACCUCCAUCAAUCUCCACCCCAACACAGAGCCCAUCCAAUCCACCUGGCCUUGUCAGAGCUCCGUCGAGAAGUGCCCCGCUGAAUUUGUUAGGAGAUACAACCUCAUGGGAUGGAUCGCAAGAAGAAGUGGAGUUGCUGAAGGAUGAUAAAUCGUUGGGUCUUUCCGUUGUUGGUGGAUCGGAUCAUUCAUCUCAUCCUUUUGGUAUCACAACUCCCGGUGUAUUCAUCUCGAAAAUCGCUGUCAACUCCCCGGCAUCAAGGUGUGCACGGCUGAGGAUCGGGGAUCGAAUUCUAGAGGUAAACGGCAGAGACGUUCGCUCGGCUAGACACAUUGACGCGGUUGAAGCACUCAAAAACAGUCAAUCGAAAGUCCGUCUCCGUGUUCAACAUGACCCGCAACCAGUCGGACUCAAAGAGGUAACGAUUCUCCGUCGGGAUGGCGGAACACUGGGAAUCUCGAUUCAUGGCGGAGUGAAAAGCACCCCAGCUAAUCCAUUGGAUCCAUCAGAUGAGGGGAUUUUCAUUGAUCGAGUCGAGGCAGGCGGUGUCUCCGAGGCAGCCGGGCUCAUUGCCGGACAUCGAAUCAUUGAGGUAAACGGUGAGAGUCUCCUCGGUUGCACUCAAGAAGAAGCCGCAUCCGCCUUAAGACGAUCACUUGAGCUAAAGAUGUUAGUGUGCGAUGGAUACAAUCGCCCCUCAACCACCACAACGAAAAGGGCCACAUCACCGAACAACGAUGAGAACUCAAUGGAAGCGAUUCCAGUUGAUAUCCGGAGAAGUCCUUCUCCAAUUCCUUCUCAUUCUCAUCAAUCAAUCACUUCUCACAUUCCACAACCAAUCACCCACCUCUUCCAAUCGCCGAACUCUUCUGUGCUUAGUGAGGCACCGCUGGCCACAAGCUCUCCCCUGCCAACAUCUAUAGUUAAUACGAAACAGGCCUCAAAAAUUCCACCGCCGGUCGCCCCAAAACCGACUCUUAAAAUGUCACAGCUUGACAACAUUCGAAGCACAAAAACCGGCAAUGAGUCCUCGCCAGAACGCCUCAAUUUCUCAUCAAAAAUCCAGAAGUUCGAGCGAGAAAUCGAGAUUAAACGACCCGACAGGAACACGAAUGGAGCAACACUACCACCACCUGAGAAAAAGCCCCUUCUCUCCGAGGCGGACAUGAAGAAAUUGAAAGAAGAAGAGGCGAAGAAAAUUCAACAAGGACACCCGGCACUGGCUUCGAUUGAGAGUCCCGAGAAAGAUGUCUUCUUUGAUCAACUCAUUGAUAACUCUUAUAUGUCUCCGAAUCAAAGCGGCUCAAAUGGAACAAAUGGGAAAUCGAUGAUCCCAAUUCGGUCGAAGCGAGCCGAGAGUCGAGCGAUCGCCGCAGGACAAAUCGACUCCGAUGAAGGCCUUUCGGAGGCUGAGCGUGCAAUUCGCGAGCAGCAGAAACGAAGCGAAUGGAGAGCCGCCCGUUUGAAGAGUCUCGAUCAAGAGAGAGCUGCAGCUGAUGCACUCAUGACACGGCUACAAAUGGGAUCGCCGUUAUCAUCGAUAAAUGAGACUGGGAAUCAGACGAAUGAUCGCUUUUUGACUAAUGAAAGCAUCAUGGAAAAGGAUGAAUCGUUCGAUCGCGAGACUGGCACAAGUACCCUCACAAUUACCCAAAAGCGAUACACAAAAAGAGAGUUCGAGGUCGGAGCCGGCGAGAUCGGAUUUGCGGACGAU